AUGUCCUUAAACUACAUCAAAAACUUCUAUGAAGGAUGCGUAAGUACCCCACAUCCUUUCAUGUACUUCUAUCUCUCAGGAUUUGACAGGAGCAGCAUUGAACAAUGAUCCCCAAGGAGGCUUCACGUGCAGAGACACUGUUUGGUUUUCAUCCUCCGCUGUUUAGUCCAUCUCCUUUAAUUUCCGCCUUGUGUAGCACAGUGACAUAUGUUUGUGAGGGAGUCAUUAAGGCCUGUUAGAGAGUCAGUGUGUCAGGAGAGAGCAGGUAAAGAUGGGAUAUGUUUCCUCUGAAUGGGUUUUGUUUUAGCUCUCACAGCUCAGGGCCUCAGUGUUGCUGUUGCAUUUAUCUGGCUGACAAAAGCUAUUUUCGCUUUGUCUCUCACUGUGUGUGCGUUUGUGUGCAUGCAUCUGUGUGUCUCAUGUUUGUGACAUGAAAACCUGAAUGCAUGUUGUGAAUCUGCUUUUUGGCCUGUGUGCACGAUUAUGUCUGUAUGUGGUUCUGUUGAUGAGAAAUCUCUUCCUGGUGUCUGCCCUCCUGUCUAUAUAACCAGGCUGAUGUGUGUAGCAUUACAUAACUGGGCCUGUGUGUGCCAGUCAAGCUCCUUACCUGAACGUGUGUGUGUGUUUCAGCUCAGGCCUCCGACGGUGAUAGGCCAGUUCCACACCUUGUUCUUUGGCUCGGUGCGGAUGUUCUUCCUGGGCGUCCUUGGCUUUGCUGUCUAUGGGAAUGAGGCGCUGCACUUCAGCUGCGACCCUGAUCGCAGAGAACUCAACCUGUAUUGCUACAACCAGUUUAGACCCAUAACACCUCAGGUAAGACUCAAACAUCCCAAAUAUACAACCUAAAAUCACCAAAGUCAGGACGAGAUAUGAAAAAUUGGCAGGUUGUGAAUGUUGUUCCUUAUGACAUAUCAAAAACAGACAUGGCUGUGUGGUGGAACUAACCGCAUGGGCUCCAGAGUUCUUCUAAAAGCCAUCUGUAAACUCAGUUUGUUGCUGCUUACUCAAAAACUGUAUCAUACAAAGGGAAAACUCUAUAUGAACAUGAUCCACAAGAUACAGAUGAUUUGUCUUGGCCCAAGCCCAUCUAAGAUGGACUUAGGUGAAUUUAUGUUGGUAUGUAUGGCUGCUCUGUGUUGGUUGGAAUCUUGACUAUGCUGCUGCCUGUCUUGGUCAGGACAUUCUUGAAAAAGAAAUUUUUGAUCUCUGAGAUUUACCCGCUUAAAUAAAGUAAAUACUCUAGACUCUAACUGGCCUCCUUGGUUCCCAAGCAUUAACGGUUAUGUUUAUAGAAAUUGUGUUGGUAAUCAUGACCCAUUCUGCCUUUUUUAAAGUGUAGCUGGCAUUAGAUUCAAACAAUUAUUUAUCUUGGAACUUAUUUGCUGCACAAAAACAAGUGCCUCAAGCAGUGCACAAGCAAAUAGUCCUUAAGCUAAGGACCCCCCAUCUCUUAUGCCCUGUUCCCAACAACAACUUUAAACAACUUUAAAACUUUCUUUUGAACCCUAAAAUAUUGAAAUUCUGCUCCUGACUCAAGAAUUGUUGGACUUAAUAAUUCAGAGCUGUGACUGUAUCAGAUGCCAACCCUACAUGAGUGACAGGAUGUGAUUCUAAAAGAAGUAAACCAACAAAGGCAUACUGAUCAAUCCAGAAAGAGGCUUAGCAUGUGGACUGCAAAAAGGUUUGGUCAUACAAGUGAUAAUGCACAGAAGGGAAAUGAAGGAUUUCAGUAUAUUAAGUUUCUGCAAACCUUAGUGUUGAAGACACAGAUAUUUUUAAUUCACCAGGAAUAUCUAGAAGGCCAAAAGAAAACCAGUAACACUUCUUUCACCUACUCCAUGUAAGGUUUCUCCUUCUUGUUGCCCUCAUCAGCUCUUCUCACUCCUGCCCUCCCUCCCUCUGUCCACUCCAGGUAUUUUGGGCAUUACAGCUGGUGACAGUGCUGGUUCCUGGGGCGGUGUUUCACCUUUAUGCAGCCUGUAAAAACAUUGACCAGGAGGAGAUACUUGAACGACCCAUCUACACCGUCUUCUACAUCAUUUCUGUUCUUCUACGCAUCAUUCUGGAAGUCAUCGCCUUCUGGCUACAAAGCCACCUCUUUGGUUUCCAGGUCAGUUCAUUUCUGAUGAUUUAGACCUUUACCCACUCAGUGCUAGAAAAUGUCACAGUUAUGAAGUCAUCCAGAGAUUUUCAAGUUGCUUUUUACAGCUGUAGUGAUACAGUGUGAAGAGCACUCAACAAUCGAUACGUUUACAUGCAAAGUUAAGCCAAGCUUUGUUGUGACUCUUUUAGGUGAUUUAACUUGACUACUGUCCUUGUCCCUGUCUACAAGCAUUAGUCUGUCUGCCUAAGUUGCAGUGGGUGGUGACAAGUCUCUUUGAAGACAUGUUACUUUCCUUAAAAAUCAAACAUACAUAGUAGAUUUGGCAAACUGGGAUGCUGACACAUGGAAGAGUCCUUCAAGUACUAUAUAGAUCAAUGCUCAAAGCUGCAGUCACCCCAAAGUUCCUCUCCACUAAGAAAGUACUACCCCAAUAGCAGGGACCCUCUGGAGGGUGAAGUCUUAAUCUGGAACCAUGUUCCUGUCAUUGAAAAGAACUGGGUACCUCCUGAAGUGCCUAGUCCGUGGGGAAAAGUCCUACAGAAGAAAUGCUAACAGGAUUUUGUCCAUGGUCCUAAUCAGUAACUCUACUACCAUGCAAGAGAUUGCUUUUGUGCAUGGGGUGCCAUGGAGCUCUAAAUGUGACACUUUUAGUACAAGUUGGAAUAAAUUGCAAUUUCUGGAGGACAAUUUGUUCUGUACUUUGCAGGUACACUGAGCAAACAUUGGCUUAACCUAACUGGAAUAUCAGUAUUCAAAAAAGGGUUAUACAACCAACGCCUCAACAUUUGGAUCACAAGAAUUACUGCCUCAUGUUUCUUUCUUUUUUCCCCAGGUCCACCCACUGUACAUGUGUGAUGCCAGUGCUUUGGAAAAGGCCUUCAAUGUGACUAAAUGCAUGGUUCCUGAACACUUUGAAAAAACUAUUUUCCUCAGUGCCAUGUACACCUUCACUGUGAUCACCAUACUCCUUUGUAUUGCUGAGAUAUUUGAGAUACUCUGCCGGCGGCUUGGCUAUCUCAACAACCAAUGA